AUGGAUGAAGUCGACAUUGCUGUGGAGUACGUGCACCAGCAGAAGAUGAAUGGGGAAUCUGAAUUCACUGCUCUGGGGCAGCUGUCUGGCCAACCUCACCAAGGACAACCGCAGCAACAACCACCACCUGGUGUUGAUCCAGAGAAGCGAAAGCUGAUUCAACAGCAGUUGGCACUUCUCAUUCACGCCCACAAGUGCCAGAGACAGGAGAAUCAGGCCAAUGGAGAACUGCGACCGAUUCUAUAUUCCCGUGUGCAGCCUGGAACGCAACCACGGCAACCUCAGCAAGGUCCUAUAACUGAUGCAGGAAUGGCACAGGCCACUGUUGCUCCCAUUCAGGGCUUCAAGGAAUGGCAGGAGAGUGUUACGCCUGAACUCAGGAAUCAUAUUGUCAAGAAAGUGGUUACAGGGAUAUUCCCCACCAAUGAUCCGACUGUGGUUGGUGACAAACGCAUGCACAAUCUAGUCGCCUAUGCUCAGAAGGUGGAGAGAGAAAUCUAUGAGGUGGCCAACUCUCGACCGGAGUAUUAUCAUUUGGUGGCCGAGAAACUAUACAAGAUACAGAAGGAUAUAGAGGAGCGGAGGCAGCAGAGGAGGCAACGGGGUUUGGGUCCAAGUGUCCAUGCACCUGAAGGGGAACAUGAGCUGACUCUGGGGCAAGUUCUACUUCAACUGGGUGUAUCUCCAGCAUCAUCACCUCCAAACACUACUGCAACAAGACUGGCACCAUAUGACGGAAGACCAUCAGGACCCCUAGCGCUGGUACAUGGAGGCCUGCCUACACAUCCACUUUCAGCGCACCCACAACCGGCCCCACCAGGGAUAAGGCCUAGAGAUCCUGUUACUUCAUUGCAAUCCACAGAAGGGCCCAGUGCACCAGAGCCAGCACAAAGUGGACCGUCCUCUGCAGAAAUAGUUGAUCCAACUACUCAAAUAUUCCACCCCGAUUCCAAUGUGUGA